AUGGGUAUGGAGCAUUCACUACUCGCCGGAUCAUAUGACUCAAUUGCACUGCGACCAAAAAGGCACUUUCCAUCCCCUCCUGUACCAGUGAAACGCCUGAAAUCACCAAUGGCAUCCAGUAAACCUAUUACAGAGCGAGAAAUGGAUGCUUUGCAGUACCUAUCGGGCUAUGUCAUGAAUGCAUUGGUUAGAAAAGUUUAUAAAUUUUCAGACUACAAGUCCAAACAAUCUCAAGAAAUAUUAUCAUUGCUCUAUGCUGCCAAAAAUGAUAAUGUAUCAGCACAAAGGAUAGUUGCGUCACAGACAAGAGGUGGCUUGUGGUCAGUAACACCAGAAUGCGUUCAGGCAGGGUUUCUGUCCGCUCUUCCCUACCUGAUAAUGACCAUAAUGAUUCAGAUAGGGGGACAGCUUGCAGAUUUUCUACGGUCUUCUGGAAGAAUGUCAACCACUACUGUUAGAAAGCUUUUUACUGCAAUAGGGUUCAUGUCCCAAGGUCUUUUUAUGAUAAUCGUUGGGUACAGUACAAGCAAAAAUCUGGCCCUUUUUGCUUUAGUCAUGGCUGUCGGAUUCGAUGGCCUUGCAUACAGUGGUUUCAUUAUCAAUCACCUUGAUAUAGCACCGCGCUAUGCAAGCCUCCUUUUUGGAAUGAGCAACACUUUCGCUACCAUUCCAGGAAUUGUCGGUCCUCUUGUUGUUGGGUUUGUCACUACACACGAGGUCUGUAACUCUAAUAUUAUUAAUAUUAUGCGAAACUCUAAUUACUUAGACUCGAAAUUCUUAUAA